AAAAUACGCACAAAAUUUUUGGCCGGAAAAAUGUGAGAGGAAGCUCGAUUUUUUGAAUCCCGCUGCGCUGCUGUCUUCCUCUUGGUGGAAAUCGUCAGUCGUCAGUUUCCAGUGUCUCUGUCGAACAUCAGAACCUCACAUUUCUUUGAUUUUUUACGUAGCCGAUCCAAAUUCCUCCGCAUUUUAAUAUACACCACAAUCGCAAUGUAUGUUUCCCCGCGUCUCUCCAGUCUUCCUCUCCUCACUCCAUCACUCCUUCUUUUCGAAUGGCUCGUGUCGUUGCUCGCGCCACCGCUUCUUUUCCCGUCAAUCUGUCCACCGAUGCAGUCUCCUUCGGCUUUUCUGUUGGUUUGGCGUCGGUACGAUGUACGAAUCCCCUCACCGUCUCUUCGAUAUUCGGUGGGAGAUUUCAUGCUCUGUGCGGAGAGGAUGGGAAGGUGUUGAGAAGGCUAGGAACGGUUUUUGGUUUGCAGAGAGAGUACCGGAAUGUGAAGACGCCGCCGGUGAACAAGAAGGUGAAGGAGUUGGAGCUCAGUGGUCAGUAUUGAAAUUGAAGACGGCUUGCCUGAUGAUCCUGAACUCUUGGUAUAUACCUCGCUCCAUGUAUAUAUUGACAGAUUGUUUGUCUUUAUGUUGUAUUUACUUAAAGUUCUGCUUGAUUCUAGAUAAAGAUGCAUGAAAUACAAUGCAGAGGUAUUGCGAAGCCAUAACUGUUACGAUCCUAUUAGCGAAACUGUAGCUAGAUUUCUUUUUUAAGUUAUUGAUGUUGAAAGCUUGUCUGUUGAAUUUAAUGUAAUUUUUUAAAAGCUGAAAUUGCAUCAAAGAAGCAAACUGAAAGUAAAAAAAAAUGAAGGAACUGCCCCGAAAUUGUUCAUCAUUGUUUUAUGUACUGCUCUUAUUUUAAUAAUUGGAUUCAGGUCUACUUCUACUAUAUUUUUGCUUUGAUGUAAUUCUUUCAUAUUUUUUUUCCCUUUUUUUUUGUAUGCUUUGCAGAGUAUUGCAGAAUUGCUUCGUCUUAAUGUGCCAAUGGCAAUGAAGUCAGCUUUCGAUGGUUUAAAGGAUUCAAAUUAUAAAACUAGAGAUAUGGCCAUACAGGAUCUUGCUGGUUUUGAAAGUGUGAAGUUGUCUAUACUCCUUUGCAAUGAUGAGUUCAUUCGAAAACUUAAUAAAGAAUGGAGGGAUGA